AUGACACAGCGAUGGCGUUGGGUUAGGUGGCGGUCCAAGGGUAGCGACAUUUAUGAGAUGCUACGUUGGUGGCUCUCUCGAACAUCGGGCGAUCCCACCAUCCCACUCACCUCUUCCCUUGGUUCCUUCGCAAGCGCCGAUCGUAACGAAUUCGCUGGCGAGCUGCUAUUCCGAAGUACCGGCGCUGGUCUGAUGGUCGUCGGUUUGCGGAGAGUAAUCGGCCAAUUCAAAACACCUUCGGCUGCCGAUCCAACAAGUCUUCAUCUGGCGCCCGGUGGCCCGGUCUUGUCCGCUCCUCUGACUAACGUCUCUCGUCACCUUCAAUCAACAGUGCAAAUGAUGACAGCCGUGAUCAACCAAUCGUGGGGUCACAAAGAUAGCAAAGCGUAG